AGUCUGUGAUCAGCCCACAGUAGCCACGGGUUCAGCCCGCUGGGGUCCAAGUCUCCGCCCUGCCCCACCCCUUGUCAGAAAAAUCUCCACCUCUCUGAGCCACACAGAGAAGCCCCUCCUGAAAUGGUUCCUGGCUCCAAGGUGGUCUCCUGUCUACCUUGUUAUUCAUCCAGCUGAUUGGUCAGUUUUUCUGACCCAUCUCAGGAAUAGGAUGGACAGGAGUCACAAGGGUCUCUAGGAUCAUGUGGUACGUCAGCACCCGAGGAAUGGCCCCACGUGUCAACUUUGAGGGGGCCCUCUUCUCUGGCUAUGCUCCCGAUGGGGGCCUCUUCAUGCCCGAGGAGCUCCCACAGCUGGGCAGAGAGACCCUGCGUCAAUGGAGUACGCUGUCCUACCCCAACCUGGUGAAGGAGCUGUGUGCCCUCUUCAUUGGCCCUGAGCUCAUUCCAAGAGAGGACUUAAAUGAGCUGAUCCAUCGAGCCUUCAGUAGAUUCCGCCACAAAGAGGUGGUCCACCUGUCCAGGUUGAGGAACGGGCUGAACGUGUUGGAGCUGUGGCACGGCGUCACAUAUGCGUUUAAGGACCUGUCCCUGUGCUGCACAGCACAGUUCCUACAGUACUUCCUGGAGAAGAGGGAGAAGCAUGUCACUGUGGUUGUAGGAACUUCUGGGGACACAGGGAGUGCUGCCAUUGAAAGUGUUCAGGGGGCAAAGAACGUGGACAUCAUUGUUCUGCUGCCCAAGGGUCACUGCACAAAGAUUCAGGAGCUCCAGAUGACAACAGUGCUGAAGGACAACGUCCAUGUGUUUGGAGUGGAAGGAAACAGCGAUGAACUUGAUGAGCCCAUCAAGGCCGUGUUCACGGAUGUGGCUUUUGUCAAGAAACACAAUCUGAUGAGUCUGAAUUCAGUCAACUGGUCUCGUGUCCUCAUACAAAUGGCCCACCACUUCUUUGCUUACUUCCGGUGUGUGCCAUCCUUAGAUAUGCACCCACUGCCCCCUGUGGAGGUGGUUGUGCCAACGGGGGCCGCUGGUAACCUUGCAGCUGGGUGCAUUGCCCAGAAAAUGGGCCUGCCCAUCCGCCUGGUUGUGACAGUGAACUGCAAUGACAUCAUCCAUAGGACUGUCCAGCGAGGAGAUUUCUCUCUGUCUGAGACCGUCAAACCAACCUUGGCAUCAGCUAUGGACAUUCAGGUGCCCUACAACAUGGAGAGGAUUUUCUGGCUGUUAUCUGACUCUGACAGCCAGGGGACAAGAGCCCUCAUGGAGCAGUUUGAGAGGACCCAAAGUGUGAGUUUACCGAAGGAACUGCAAAGCAAGCUUUCAUUGGCAGUGACGUCUGAGCCCAUGUCAGAUGAAGCCAUCACCCAGACCAUGGGACGUUGCUGGCAAGAGAACCAAUACUUGCUGUGCCCUCACUCGGCCGUGGCCGUGAGCUACCAUUACCAGCAGAUGGACAGGCAGCAGCCCAGCCCUCCCCGGUGUUGUCUGGCCCCCGCCUCUGCCGCCAAGUUCCCAGAAGCUGUCCUGGCUGCCGGGCUGACCCCAGAGACUCCCUUGGAGAUCUUAGCCCUGGAGAAAAAGGAGACACGCUGUACCCCAAUGCAGAAAAGUGAUGACUGGACACUGAUACUUCGGAACACAAUUGAGGAAAUAGGCCGGCAGUGGACAGGUCACCUCCUGAAUGCCUCAGACUAGCCAGGCUGGAGUUGGCAUCCUUUAGGCUUCAGACUCUGUGGUGGUGGUUGGGGACCAGGGAAGGCAGAUGCCCUCUGAGCUGCCUUGUGCAACUUCUCCCUGUUAAGAGUUGGUGUAUGGUGUUCUUAGGAGGCUGUCAGUGGGGUCUGGAGCCAGCUGGCUUUGUUCUGUGCUCUCACCAUGGCAUUGUGGUGCCUGGUCUCCAGGGAGGCUGGGUGGGGGUGAGGGUGGUUGUUGAAGGUGCCCUCCCACCAGUGGACAGUGCAGGGGCAUCACUGCUGCAUGUGAAAGCUCAGGGCCUGCAAAUGAAGAGCCUUGGACACAGAGUUGACCUCAGCUCCACAGUUUAGGACUCCAGACUCUAAACCUAUGCAGAUGGGGGCCGCUCAUUCCAUUAGCACAGGGCUGGGGCUCAUGGUGUCUGAGACUGUUUACCCAGAGGUCCUGGCCUGCUUCUACCCUUCUGAAAUGUUGGGAAUCCCUAGAAAACAAGUGCACGUCCAGUGUGAUGGUGACUCCGCAUAGCCAGUGGGCAGAGGAUGGCGGCUGCCGAGUGGUGCUGGUGGUGCCAUGGUGUGUGCUACUUCCACCAGCUGCUUCAGAUUGGCCCAGUGUCGAGGGGAUGGCAGGGCAGGCAGCAGGGCAGGUGGCACAGGUGAUGGUAGUGGACAGAGUUGAGGUAUGGGGAAGUGUGCUCCUCAAGGUGCAAACUGAGUCAGGUUGCCCUGUUGCUCAUGUAUUGGGUUCACCUGCUUUAUUAAACAGGGCAUAUGCCAUAGCUACGAGAAGCAAUGAUCCCUUGUUGACCAUUAAAUGAAGCCCAGAUGUCUACAUUUCCAUUGAUACUUUCAUAAUCAUGCUGCCUCAGAGAAAUCAAAUCGUUCUUUCCUCUGAAAACGUGACUCACUCUCUCCUCUUUCCAUGCCUCCGACCCUGUACUUGCCCCUGUGAGACUGUCCUUCGAUUAGGCCACAAGACCCAUCCCACAGACUACUUAAGUCUUGUUCCUGCGUCUUGUUUGCUGUGGAGUUGGCCCUCAUCAGCCCACCUGGAAAUAACGAUUCCUGUUUCUGAACCCUGAAGGCAAAACUUUAACUGUAGGUUUCCUAAAACAUGUAUUCCCUCCUAUCCUGUUUUAUGGAUCUCUGCAUUAUCACCCUGUCAUGCGGGGUGUCAUGCGGAGUCUCUGGUUCCACUCCCCACAUAAGAACACAGGAUAUGGUGAGGCCAACACCCAUGAAGCCAUAGAUAGGGGAGUCAUACCACUAUGACGGCUGGCG